CUUCUCCGCCCACCGCCUCACCUCACCUCCAAGCGUGACCCUUGGGUCUCUUUCUCGCACACUUUCUUCUGGCCAUGUUCGUCGUUGAGCAUUGAAAAGAGGGUCUUGAGAGAGUCCCUCCUCAACGGCGAUGUCAUUUUUCGCCGAACCGGUCACCAACCCUGAGAACUCGUCGGUUGUCGGAAGUUGGAACUCGGAGGUAGUGAGAGUGGGCUUGGAUUGAGAGAGAGAUAAAGCGUGGGACGUUGGGUGUCAGAUUGCUGAGAGUGGGGACCCUAGAGGGGUGAGUGCUGAGCCAAGGCUUGAAGGUUUGGAAUGCGGGGAGAGUGGUGAAGAGAGGGCGAGAGUUGUGGAAUUUGGUGGGAGAAGUGUAGUGUCGGAGUUCGCUUCGCUGGGACGUCUUCUGGGCCCUAGAUUUGCGUGAGCGCAGAUGUUGUGGCUGCGAGAAAGUGAUUGAGUUUGUUUUUAUUGUUUAUUAACUCAUUUAUUUUAUUUCUCUUGUAGAAGUUGAAGUAGCGCACGUCUAGAUUCAUUUUAUUCAAACGUAACACUGUUAGGACCAGUAAUUGUUGAUUUUAGCAGUAGACGGAAUGUUCGAAGAUCCGUUGUUGGCAUAGAGGGAGUUGAUUCGGUAUUCCGGAAGAAUCGUAGUAAUCAACAUGUGUCAGAGAAAGGGCAAGGAACCUUACAAAGCUGCAAAUCGGCUCGUCGGCACAGUUGUGAAGUGACUUGAACCAGCAGCGUCAAUCGUCUACAGUAAACUGGGAAUGAAGAUUGCAUGCAGAAGACUACAAGCAACCAUGUCUGACGAUGAAUCCCUACACGUGAUUGGGAACACUUUGCAGGGAACCACCAACCAGAUAUUACGCAGCUUGCCGGACCAUCUAGCCAUGGAAUGUCUCUCCCGGGUCCCUCUCUCCACCCUUCGAAGAGUCAACAAGAUAUGGCAGAAUCUCAUCUACGAUCCUUACUUCCAGAGUCUCAGAGCGGCGAACGGAAGAUCCCAACUAGACUGGGUCUAUACAUUGGUGCAGUCGCAGGAUUUAAGCUUUAAGUGGCAAGCAUUCGACCCUCUGUCGGGUCUGUGGCAUGACUUACCUCCGACGCCCCGUCCAAUGGAGUUCCAGCUCAACAAUCCUGGCUGCAUUGGCGUCUCCUACUCCGUUCAGUGCGCCAGCUCACGUACCAAGCUCGUCAUGGUGGCGGGAUUGAAGGCGAAGCAACACGAUAAGAACAGAAUGACUAUGGAGCCAGCUCUAAGCCAUCCUUACAUAUAUGACACUCAGACGUGUCAAUGGAAGCUGGGAUACCCCUUCACUGUGCCUCGCAAGUGGUGUGUCUGCGGGGUAACUGAGGAGAAGUUGUACAUCGCUAGCGGCUCAGGUAAAGACUGGGACCGAGAGCUGUCCAAGUCGGCGGAGGUGUAUAACCUCAAGAGCGACAGUUGGAAGAAAAUUCAGAAUUUGUCCACGUCUAAGUUUAGUGGGGAAGCCAUGACAGCCGUCUCGAAUGACAACAAGCUGUACUUUGUGAGUGGGAGGGGCGUAUUCUCCAAGGAAGGGGUGGUGUAUAACAUUGCAACCGACUCGUGGUCGGAAAUGGCUCCAGGUCUGAAGAAGGGUUGGACCGGUUUGUGCGUGACCGUGAAUGGGAAAUUUUACUCGCUGGAGACUCCGGCCGGGAAGCUGAAAGUGCACGUGCCGGAGAAGGAUUGCUGGGACGUGAUCAUGGAGGAUUCGAGGUUGGGGGACGUGGAAGUGUUAGUUAGCACGAAGGACAAGAUUGUUGGUAUUGAAGGGCCAGGGAAGAGUGUGCAGCCAAGUGACAGGAGCAUCUUGCGAGUGAUUGACAUUGCCUGCGAGACGCCGCGGAUUUUCGACAUUCCAAUGCACCAGGGGAAGAUCGUUUCAGUGCAAGUGCUGGCGCCAAUGAGUCGCCGGUUGUAAAGAUCAGGAAUAUGGGACUCGUUCUUUGCUAAAUCAUGUCGGCGUUGACAAUACGCUUGCUUGGUACAGGCGUCCCCUCAAAGACUCGAAAAGCUAUAUUUGUGCAUCGAUGCCAUCAGUUACGGCUUCAAUUUACUCUUGAGAGGUAUCUUACGAUGGAGCUGCAUCGAAACUGAGCCGAUUACCGCACUCACUCCGUCUGAGAAACGAUUGCCUCCUACCAUGAACGUGCAGGUAGCUGCACAGGGCGAUGUAACUAAUCAUCUUGCUCAUGAGCGUAUCUUGUCAGUUAUUCUUUACAAUCUUGAGUUAGACUGGUAGAUGCUGAUGUAGUGAUUGUGGAGACGUUGUAGGUUUUAGAGCCUUCCACGAUUUAAAGGAAUGUACAUUAGAACCUGUAAAUUAGUGACCAGCCUAGAGGCCUCGCACACUGCCCAUUCAAUCUGAAUGAAAUGUUUUCACAACAAGAAGAUAUGUAUUCUCAGAGUUACCGUCUCCUUGUACAGCUUGUGCUGGGUACGGUGCUCGGGAGAUUUGUCAGUAGCUGUAUGCUUCUUUACACCUCUUGCCCGAUUCUCUACUUAUCAACA